GUGUGAGCUGGAGCAUGUGGCUGGGAAACUUCUCCAGUUCUUUCCCCUUCUUCUCCUCCUGUCCCGUCUCCCUUCAGUGGUCAGGGGCGCCUUAGAAGGGAAUGGAGCAACAUUAGAACGUGUAAGACAAGGUCCCAGUGGCGGCGGAGGCAGAGAUGAUCUCCAGUGGGUGGAAGAAGGAAGCGCAAGAAAUGAGUUUGAUGAUAUUGGGGACGACAAAAAAAAUUACUUAGUAACUCGACGGAAACAAGAGACACGGGGUGAAUGACGCCGUCAGAUACAUUUGUGCUGUUAUUACACAUCGUGCCACGUGACAGUCUUAGGGACCAUGAGUGCCUGGGUGUGUAUGGUGAUGUCUGCAGGCCCUCAGUAGCCUCGUAGGUGACGAAGGAAGUCUUAUGCUCUCUCAACAUGACCUCCAUCUACUUCACGGAGGGUGGGCUUGAUGCGCAUUGGGGCCGCAGUGACUCCCUCGUGUCCACCGCCAGUAGUAGUGGGGAUUCCGUGCUUGGCUCCAGAGUGGGCUCCCGUUGGGCUCUUCUUGGGGACGACGACGUCUUCCUACCCGCAACUGUGGCCAUCCCGCGCCCGUGCCUCCCUGACCUUGACCUGAGGUGUCCACGAGACGAGGACAGCGGCAGCGUGGGGUCAUGCAGUCCCCCACCGUCCCCCUUUACUUCAGCUCCCUCUCCCGCCGCCCUCCCGACCCUAGCUGACACCGAAGAAGACCCGGCUCCCCAGUUCUCGCCUCCACCCACGUUGCAAGUGCCACCAGCCCACCCUGGCCUCACGCUCUCGGGCCUCAUGGGGUUGCCGCUGAAACCUCUGGGUGGCGAAGGGGCUCUGGGCCCACCGGGAGAAGAGAGCCUAGAUCCUGGUGUUGUGGAAUUGUUGGGCAGCGGUGACGAGCGAACCACUGCUCUAAGAACUUCUCAGCGGUUCUACUUGCGUUUAGUGCAGUGGCUGGGGCGCAAGCGGAGGCCAGGGCGCACUCCACGCUCUGCUGAACAUCACCACAAGGUGCAUUAUGGCCUCCGCCCUGAAGUCCCUCCACACGACAGCAAGACAGCACGUAAGAGAUUUGCUGACCUGCUGCGGCGUGCUGCACGGGGAGGCUCGUGGGAGGAGGGAAGAACGUUGCUGCCGCAGCAGGAGAGUGGAUAUUCUUCUCCCAAUAUCUCGGCGCAGCACACUCCUACUGCCCACCACCGCCUCGUUAACCAAUCCAGCUUCAUGCGGCGAUCUCUCGAGCUUUCGCCGCAGCGUACAACGCCAUCCACUCGGCCCCGUAUGUCUCUGCCUGCAGACCACUUGCGGAGGACGCUGGACGGCCGCUUCUCUACACAGGCGGCAGAACGUCGGCGACGGCUAUCCCGCGGCAAGACUAUCAGUCAGGACGAUGGCUUCCCUCCCGUUCCGCCCCAGACCCUCACCACGCCGCAGGAAGGUGGAUGUGGCGGUCGUUCUACCACUCCCAUAGUAACGAGUGCCCGCAGGAUGUCUCGGCCGGGAUCCUCGAGCCGGGAAGAGAGCACUGGAGAGGAAAGCGGAUUCGAGGAGGAGGAGCCUGUUGAGGUGAGGGUGCCUCCAUUAGUUCUGGAGGAGAGGAGAGACUCGGGAUCGUCCACGACCGCCGCUGCCGCCCACGAUCCUCUGGCGGAGUGGGCGAUUCCUUGGGAUCAGCUUCGUUUUGGCCACGUACUCCGCCGCGGGUCAACAACCAACAUAUAUAGAGGCCGAUGGCACGGUGAUGUCAUGAUCCACACUUUCGACGGCACGCACGGAACAACUGAACGUCGCUUCUGGGAACUUGUGGCGAGCCUCUCUAUGAUUCGUCACGAGAACAUCGUCCUCUUCAUGGGCGCGAGUAUGGCGCCACCUAAUUUGGCCAUCGUGACGGGCGUGCGGCGCGGGAUGUCCCUCCACCAGCACACCUCCUCACGUGGUUCCAUUCCAUAUCCCUCCAGAGUCAACAUCGCCCGUCAGGUGGCGCAAGCCAUGUCGUACCUUCACUCCCGUGGGAUCAUCCAUGGUCGUCUCAAUUCGCGCAAUGUGUUCCUGGAGGCCAAGAUAAAGCUGUCCCUCCUUGAUCACAGCAUGGCGGAGUCCAGCCCGGUUGGGGAACACACCGGCUACCUGGCUCAGGGUCUUCUCACCUACCUGCCCCCGGAGAUGAUGAGGACGCUGCAGGUGGUCCCGCCGCAUGUUACGGUGGCCGCCUCUCCCACCCAGCAGUCUGACGUGUACAUGUACGGCACACUGCUAUACGAGCUCUUCGCCGAGGCCCCGCCCUUUGCCACGCAGCAUCCGCACGCUGUCAUUCUACAGGUGGGGCGGAGGAGGCAGCCUAGCACCGAGGACCUGCAGUGCACUCAGAACCUGAAGACACUGAUCGGGGAGUGCUGGGACGCCGAGACUGCCCAGAGACCAGUCUUUCCUGACAUUCUCCGGACGCUUCAGCAGACACUCUCUCUUCACCGUGCCCACUCCACCUCGGAGCCAGAGAGACUUAACCGAAUGGGAGUUUCUGGCAGAAUAUCCUGCUGACAGGACCUGGGCCGGCCGCCGCCACCCCUCGGCCGCUCCCUGACUGAAGAGACUGUCAAGGACGACCUCCAUGGAGAUUCCUUCCUCAAACUGCCCUAAUUUCCCUCUUGGGAAACCUGGGCCGAGGAAACUCUUAGUUCCUAGUUUCUUCCAGACAUCACGGUCUCCUGUGGUUCCUUGUGGCCGUGAAGGCUCAUCAAGGCUUCUGGGAGGACCUAGGUGACUUUGGAGAUCCUUCAUGGAAUUUGUUCCACAAGACAGUCUGCAGGGAGCAGAGGAGAUGGCGAAGGUCAGCCCGAGUCACCAGUACGGGUCAGGUCACUGAGAUCUCACCAUCCUAUCAUUACCACCACCACCAUGCCCUCCAGACAGCACCGCCACCACAACACUUACUACAACAACCACCGCCACAAUCACCAUCAUACAUAUCUUCCUUCGUCUCGUCAUUGUUGCCAAAGAAUAAAAUGAAGACACCAAAGAUGGCCAGAGGUGCCGUAAGUCGGGCAUCACUGGCGAAGGAGCUGCCACGUCAGUGCUACGCACUCCCUCAACCUCAACUUGAAGAAAAGUGGAGUAUUUGGUGAACGUACGUGAGUCUUGUUGUUUGACAGUGACUUGUACCAGUUAUCAAUUGAGUAUUCAAUUGUGUGUGUGUGUGUGUGUGUGUGUGUGUGUGUGUGUGUGUGUACGCCCGCACGUACGUGAGUCAUAUAAACAUAUUUUCACUUAUCUAAAGGUGUACUUAAUCUCGUCUUCCAUCUGCUCAGUCAUCAUUGCUAUUAUCAUUAUUAUUGCUGCUAUUGUUUUCAUCAUUUUUAUUAUUAUU